UGGCCUCCUUAUUAUUUGUGUAUGCCUCCACUUCUCCUUGGAGAUAAAACUUAUGAAAAACGACCACAUUUCCUAUUUUUCUCUCUGUCUCAGAGGAGCAAUACGGCGGUCCUGGGGAUUUGUGUCACCUUCCUUGUUAAGGGUUGCUUUAAAUCUAUGUUGUUAAUCCAUCUCCACUUAAACCCGAUCCUCCUUUCACCUCUGUCCAUCUCUCCCUCUCUCUCCACCCAUCCCUCUCUCUCUCUUUCUCUGCCAGCGGGAUCUGGGGCACGAACAUGAGUCAUAUUUCAUUAGAACACAAACACAAUACAGACCCGCCGUGCCGCCUCUCAGUGUUGCAGACACCGACUCCAGCAGAGUGCAUUAGCGGUAAUGAUUACACAUGCAUUUACUGGCAGGAUGCGAAGAGCGCAAAACAACAAUUUAACAGAAAGUCAAACCUUCCACUUCUAUAGAGAUUGUACAUUGAGUGCAUGGUGAAAUUGUGCACUACGCUGUGCUACCAUUCAAAAACGCAUAAGAAGGAGUGUGCGCGACAUUGUUUCCGUUUGUGCGUGUGGGUCAUUGGUGUGGGUGUGUAGGGGCAGCCUGGUCAGUAAGCGAGUCAGUGUCUGAUAUAACAGCACUCCUCGUCUAUGUUUGAACUUCGUGCCUGAACAUAUUACCGAUGUGUCAUGCCAUGUUUUUAAGCGCGGAGCUCUGUCAUGCGAAUCCCCUGGUACGCCCACGCACAGCGCACGCACGCUCGUUCGUUCACUCCCAAGACGACACCGAAUCCGUGACUCUCUCCAGUUGAGCUGGUGACGCUGUUCGCUCUCUGGCGGUAGAACGGGGAUGUUUGGCAUUUCUACGGAUUUGUGCUUGCACGGUGCUUCUUCUGUGAGAUGGACGGAUGGAGAGGACCAGUGACCAAACAUGCCUACAGUCCUCCGCGGCACGGGAAAACUUUCCAUCGUCUGUUCACUGAUUCGUUGCGCAUCUCAGCAUCUGGAACAGGAAAUGGUGGUGGCAGGCAUGUAUUGCUCUGUCUCACAGGUCACAGGAAGUGAGCGUAACGGCUGUUGCAAAGAUAAUCUAGGGGACAUGACCCAUUCCUGGCCGUCCCAGCAACCCUCAGGAGGGAGUCAGGCCCAGUGCUUUCCCUAUUACCCUAAGGAAGCAAAGCAGCACACAACUCAGCAACCUUGGGAGAAUGUGCAGCAGCUGAGGAUGACCCAGCCUCACGUGGCGCCUCACAAAUCCAUGCUCGCUGAUGACUUGAAGCUCAGCAGUGACGAGGAGGAUGCUGACAAGGACCCUGAGCAGUCAGCCUCCUGGACUGGUAACAAUAGUCUGUCGGAGCAGCACACACACACACAUGGUGGGAGGGUGAGACGUUCAGGCUCAGACUCUUCAGGCUCAGACUCUUCAGGCUCAGACUCCUCCAGUGAGUCGGAGGAGGAGAGCAGUAGCCAGCGCCUUUGUAGCCCCAGCCCAGAAACACACUCCGAUCCUGGGACGCCCACCGACGCUCAGUCCCUCGGCUGCACCGAGGAGACAGAUCACCCCCCCACCACUCAGUGGCAGCUGGAUAAGUGGCUGAAGAAAGUCCGAAAAAAAUCCUCCUCCUGGGAUUCCAGCAACCGAGACCACACCCAGAGAGCUACAGAGCACAGCUCGCCCUCCCCAGACCCCCACAGAGCCCCGUCCCCGGCCAGAUCCUGGGGGACCAGAGAGGACUACAGCCCCAGCCAGAGCCCUGUUCCCAGCCCACACUUCAACUACAGCCCCAGGCAUAGUCCUCGGCCUAGCCCUGGCUGCAGCCCCUGUCUCAGUCCUUGCCCCAGCCCAAGACACAGUCCCAUCCCUAGCCCGGUCACUGGUGUCUGUCUGAGCCGCAGCCCUAGCCCCAUACCCCGACACCCCCCUAAGAGUCCUAGUCCCAGCCUUACUCAGUCUAGCUCCCGUCACUAUCCUCAGGUUCGGAGUCUUCAUCAGGAAAGCUUCAGGCCUCUCACGCGGCCUAGCUUAACAUCCAGUCCGAGCCAUAGACCCAAAAUCAGGAUCGCACCUGCUCCCAGCAUUGAGUCCAAGAGCAAACUGAGGCACAGUUCCUCUCCCCAGCCUCCGCUUCAGCACAGCUCCAGGCCUAAACCCAAACAGAGCCAGUCUGUUCCCACUCCCAAGAACACAGCCAAGGCAGCCCCUGCUCUGAGCGCUGAGCCGAGCCACAGACCCAGACCUAGUCCCAACUCCAGUCCCAGGCUUCAUUCUCAGCCUAGGUUGAAACACAACCCCAUCCCAGCCCUCAAAACCAGCCAACACCUAACAACCUCUGGACAAAGGCCCAAGGAGAGUAGCAGACUCAGCCACAAUUCCAACUCCAACCCCAGGCCCAAGUUUGGGCCUAGUUUGACAAUCAGCCUCAGUACCAGUCCCAGUCCCACACCCAGGGCCAAGACCUUACCACCCGCAGACCCUAGCAGAGAGGCCAGCAGCAGAGUUGGUCACAGUUCCAAAUCGACUCCCAAGCCACAUUCUCGGCCGAUCUCCAAAGCUGGUUCUGGGCCUAGUUCUAGAUCCAGCCCCAGUCCUAGACCCAAAGUCAAGUCCCGGGAGAACCCUGCUCCACACUCAAAGCAUCCACAGAGGAAGCCCCAAUCCAGGGAGAGAGAACGGGAGGUGGACAACCAGAGAGAGACCGAGGCAGCAGACAGGAAGGCAGACAGGCAGACAGAGGGAAGGGGGAGGGGUAAUUUAGAGAGACAGGGAGAGAGGCAGGAGGAGAAACUGGGAGAGAGAAGACUGGCAGAGGAUAAAUUGCUAAGACGCCCCUGGGUCCAGAGUUCAGAGGAGGAAGAGGACGUAGAGGAGAGAAAGAGGAGGAGGGAGGAGAGCGAGAGGGAGGAGAAGAGGAGGAGGAGGAAGGAGCAGCAGAGAGGUGAAUGGCAGGCGGUCCAGCCCAAGCAGAGACCUCACACCAACAGCGAGCGACACCGCAAUCCCAUUGAUCCACAACGCCACGGGACCAAGAAAAAGAGGAGGAGGAAGAGUGAGGAGGAAGAGAGAGAGUCUCAGCCGGACCCUUCCCUUCCGUCGUCGCCCUCCUCCCCCACUCCUGUCAUCCCUCCCACAGAUUCCUCCUCUUCAUCAUCUUCCUCAUCAGAGUCCGACUCGGAGCCCAGUCUGCCUCCCAACGUCGCCAAAGUCCCAGCCGACUCCACGUCCAGCCAGCGUCCUAUCCCCAGGAGAGGGCACCAGGGCCCUGGGAGGCCUUCAGACAGCAGGCCAGGAGUGCUCUACCCCACUGCCACAUCCAACCAAGACCACGGGCCGCAGAGCCAGGCAAAGCAGAAACUCUACACCUUGGUCCCGUUUGGGCGUAGUGAGCAGGCCCCAGCCUCCCAUCGAGGCCUGAGGAAUCUGGUGGUGCAGUUAAACCUCUCCCUGCUCAGCAGAGUGCCUGAUACUACGACAGACACCCAAGCCUCUCACAAACACCCCUCCUCUUCCUCUUCCAAGCAAAAAGAGGCCAUGAGACACCUGUACACCCCAGAGACAGAGGGAGGAGACAGCAGGAGGAAACGGAAGUCAGAGAAUGGAAUCCAGCACCACAGAGAGAGUAAGCGGAGUAACUCCCACACCAAUGGCCCCUCAGCCCACACAGAGUCUACAGCUAACAGAGAGAGUAAGCGGAGUAACUCCCACACCAACGGCCCCUCAGCCCACACAGAGUCUACAGCUAACAGAGAGAGUAAGCGGAGUAACUCCCACACAAAUGGCCCCUCAGCCCACACAGAGUCUACAGCUAACAGAGAGAGUAAGCGGAGUAACUCCCACACCAAUGGCCCCUCAGCCCACACAGAGUCUACAGCUAACAGAGCGAGUAAGCGGAGUAACUCCCACAACAACGGCCCCUCAGCCCACACAGAGUCUACAGCUAACAGAGAGAGUAAGCGGAGUAACUCCCACACAAAUGGCCCCUCAGCCCACACAGAGUCUACAGCUAACAGAGAGAGUAAGCGGAGUAACUCCCACACAAAUGGCCCCUCAGCCCACACAGAGUCUACAGCUAACAGAGAGAGUAAGCGGAGUAACUCUCACACCAACGGCCCCUCAGCCCACACAGAGUCUACAGCUAACAGAUGUCUAGACCCCCACACAGAUGCCAGACACAACGGGUUCUUGGAGGACUACCUAGACAGUAAGAGGCCACUGUCCCCCCUGUCCCCUCUCUCUGACACCCCGGACCUCACCAAGCCUCCCAUCAAAACACAGCCCCCAGUGCAGCACUACACAAACAGUGAGGUGCCCAGGACCCAUGCUAAGAUGGAGGUGGAGUGUGUAGGUGUGUCAGGGAAGCCCCCGCCCAAGUGUGAAUCCUGGGGACCUUCUUUACAACGGGCAGGGAGCCAGAGAGGAACUGUACUCAACCAUGAACCCCCACACCAUGCUGAGUACUACAUGCAUGAGGCCAAGAGAAUGAAGCACCGUGCAGAUGCCAUGGUGGAUAAGCUGGGGAAGGCAGUGAACUAUGUGGAUGCUGCUCUGUCCUUCAUGGAGUGUGGCAAAGCUAUGGAGGAGGGACCGCUGGAGGACAAGUCUCCCUAUACCAUGUACACAGAGACAGUAGAGCUCAUCAGGUAUGCCAUGAGGCUGAAGAACCACUCUGGCCCUGGGGCCAGACAGGAAGACCAACAGUUGGCCGUACUGUGUUUCCGGUGCCUUGCUCUCCUGUACUGGCAGAUGUUUCGUCUGAAGAAGGACCAAGCCAUGAAGUACUCCAAAGCUCUACUGGACUACUUUAAGAGUUCUCCCAAAGUGCCAACUACACCCCCCAUCUGGAGCGACUCAGGAAAGGGCACAGGGGGGCCUCCCUCCUCUCUCUCCCCCAGCCCCUCAGCCCUCCCCCUGGGCAGCUCCCCCUCUUCCCUCAUCAACAUUCCCCUACGUAUCCACCAGAUGGCAGCAAACCACCUGAACAUCACCAACAAUGUCCUAUACAGCUACGAGUACUGGGAGCUAGCAGAAAGCCUGGUCAGAGACAACAAUGAGUUCUUUAACUACCUGAAUACACUGUCAGGGCCAUUGACUCUCCACAGUAGUAUUGCUCAUGCAGUCCAGUACACCAGACAGGGUCUGCAGUGGAUACGCAUCAGUGCCAACGUGGGCUAGUGGCAGGAGGGAGAGAGGGACACAACCAGUGGGAUUAUAAAUGGAGGAUUCCCCCUGCAUUCCACGUCGUCAGGAUUAUUAUUAUGCUUCAAUUCUCAGCAUGUACCGUAAAUUAUGGAUUGGAUUUAUACACAGUGGUGAUGCUUUACCUUGUGCUUUAUCUUGAUUGGGGGAAGGUGUUGUUAUUCCUACAAUCAAGCAGAGCGAACUGUCUUGGUAUCUCUUUCCUCUUCCUGUUCGGAUUGUCAGUGCAGAUCUACAAAGUGCCACAUGGAUUUAAAGCCUUUAAACUUGCUGCUUUGCCAAAUGUGCCACGCGUGAUGAUGAAACAAACACAGAAACUGUCUAACAAGGACAUUUUAAGAGAAACAUGGCACAGUGCACCAGUGAGGACUUUAUGAUUCUUCUACUGUACAAAACAGACUGUAAAAGAUCAAGAGACCUGGACUACAUUUCUGAAUACAAAGCAUUCAACCACAGUAAAACUCUAACUAGCCUCCGCUGCAAAAAGCCACUGUGGAAACCAGUGACCAUUUCCUGUCCACUGGGCAUAGACGCCAGUUCAAUGUCUAGUUUUGAUUUAUGUUUGGUUGAGUUGUCUACUAACGUGAAUUCAACGUGAAUAAACAAAAAAUGUCACCAUGUUAUUGGAUUUAGGUUAAAAGUCAGUUGGAAAAAAUACAAAAUUCCCUCGUGUUGAUGACUUUUUACAAAUCCAAUCAGUUUUCCAUGUUGAUUCAACGUCAUCACAUUGAUUGUUAUUGUUAAAAUGACGUGGAUACAACAUUCAACCAGUUUGUGCCCAGUGGGAAGAGACCUGGACUGCAUUUCUGGACUACAUUUCCCGUGAGCCUUUACAGGACGAAUGUAUUCAUCAUGGGAAAGGUGAAGUUGGGAUUUUGAGUUUUCUUUUGGAUUGUCAGACCACUCAUCCCAAAGGGUAGAUCAAGUUACCGGCAGCUUUGCUUUCAUGACUCCACUGUGUGAUGGCCUUUUUAAUGACAUUUUGAGAUACCUUUCACUUUUUUAUGUGCACUGUGUGUGUCAGACCAUUCAUUUUUACAAAAAUACCAAAACUAGAGCAUUUAGAUGUAGUUUUUUUGGCCAGUAUUCAUGUUCCUGUCUUUGCAAAAUUAUUAUUUAUAAUAUCGUCUAAUGUGUUUAUCAAAAGUUACAUACCAAAAUGUGUUUCAUAAAUGUCUUUUUGAUAUUGCAAAUUG